AUGAACUACAUCUCCAGAGAAUUCAGUGCAGUCAACGGCGAACGAAGCUUCACCGAUGACCCAGCGGAGGCACUCAAGGUUUCGUUUACAGUCCCACAAGGGGAUGGAGUUGUUCGAACCGGGGUCAAUCUUCUCGGUGACAACCAAGCGGACUAUCUCGAUCUUCGGGCGGUCGCCCUGAUAAAGAAUUCGGAAAGUGGAAGCGAGCAGCUUCUCCUUGGUGCCGCUCAACCUGGAUUGCCUCCAGGCGACGGGAAGGUGAAUUCAAUCAACCGGAAAGGCGGUGUCACCGGAUUUAUUGCCCAGAGUGCUAUUUGGACCGUCAACAUCAGAACCUUCGAAAUGAGCGCGGUGUGGUUCAACGCAAAUGGCGACAAGGAAGAUCUAUCUCUUAUGGUCGCCAGUGGCGGCCUCUUCAUGACAGCAAAUCCAGCUGCAUUUCCGGAUGCCGUUACAGUCCAGCCUGUUGCAGAUGUACCCGACAAGGUAUCAGCGUGUGGCAAUGUCAACAACUAUGAGUACUUCAAUGGCGCCUGCGUUGAGAAAUGCUCAUCAGCAACGGUCCGUCAGCCCAACGGAUCUUGCAAACUUCUUGAAUGCCCGAUCGGGCAGAUGAAGAAGAACGGAGUUUGUGCUACUUGCGAGUCCAUCGACCUUGUUUACGUUCCCCAGUCCCCGUAUAUCUGCGACAAAGCUUGCAUGACCGGAUACGUACGUGAUCCAGUUUCGGGAGUGUGUGGAGACGGGAUUUGUCCAGCGGACCAGGCUCGAACUUGGGAAAACUCAGUCUGCCAAUGCCGUGAUCUCACCAAGGAGAAAGUCGGUGGCACCUGCAUGGCCAAAUGCAACACCGCUUUGCACGAAUAUCGCAACGCCACCACCAAGCAGUGUGGCUGUCGGAGCCCUGAUAUGAGCCGAUCUUCGCCUAAUUCCAUGUGCAUCUGUGCCGCUGGCCUUGAAGACGAUGGCUGGGAAUGCGUUAAAGAAUGCAGAGCAGACCAGUUUCGCGCGAGAUCUGGUGUGUGCAUGUGUCGCGAUGAGAACGCAGUCGAGCAGAACGGAGCAUGCAGCACGCCAACAGCACCCACCGGGCCUGCUGCCACCUGCGCCAAUGCCGGACUUGAGUAUAUUCCUGACGCUCCCGAGCCGUGCUAUGAGAAGUGCCCGUCAGGACAAGUCCGGGAUCCAGAGACGUACGUCUGUGGUGUUGGACUGUGUCCGCGCCCUGAUCAGCUCCGAAGCAAGGUGACUCGCCAAUGUGUAUGUCGGCAAUCGAUCAAAGAUAUCGUCAAUGGUGUCUGCGUGACCAACGCGACGAGGUGCAUUGAAAACGGAAAUGAAAUGAUCAACGGGGAUUGCAAGAAAAAGUGCCAACCAGCACUUAAAGAGAUUCGAGACGCUGGAACGGGCGAAUGUGUCUGUCGGGCUGAUCAGUCGCGUCAGUCAUUGGCUGAUCCGUGCAAGUGUCCGAGUGGCCAGGAGGACGAUGGAUCUACUUGCGUGGUGGGAAGCACCACAUUCUCGAGGGUCGUCUUCUCGUUCAACAUUCCGUCGUCUAUGAGAAAACGGCAGACAACCGUGGAUCUCAGCUAUGGCUACAUCUCAGAGACCAUGGAUGGAACAGGCAAGCGCUUCUUGACGGGAGAUGUAAACAAUGCCCUCAAGAUCAACUUCACACUGCCGACAGGAACCACCAAGGGAGAGCAGCUCAAUUUCAAAGGCUCGGGUCAGCCUCCGGAGGCUUCUAGCAUACCCACACUCGCGCUCAUCCUGGACAUGGACAAUCUCAAUACCGGCCAAGCAUUUGGCAACUAUGCUCACGUUCUCUACUUCGGCACUUCCAGGGAAACCGCCAAAGGUGCGCUGCCCAAAGAAGGCAUCGACAACUCCAUGGUCUUCGGCAGAUCUCGUGAAGGACAAGGAAAGAGCUUCGUUCCAGAAACCGCAAUCUGGACAAUCGAUACGACUACCGGCUUCGCCGAAGCCUACUGGAUCGACAAGACGGGCGCGAAAACCAAAAUGAUCCCGUGUACCAGCGGCACGGAUCUCUACUUCAUGCCAGUAGGCCGAACAAUCGGCACCGAACUGCAAUUUCGCGCCGAGAUCCCAGGAACGCCUACUCCGCCACCCGUCGGCGGUCCUGCAGAAUGCCGCACAGGCACAGUUGGCUGUCCCGCCUGUCCAGACCGCGUGAAUCAAUGCCGCAGCAAAGAAGGUUUCUGCGUCGCACGAGACGAAGUCGGAGCCUGUGGCUACAAUUGCUUCCCUGGCAAUGCCAAUGCACCACCGAGCGCUGAUUGCUGGAGAUGCCCGAACGGAUACUUUGGAAAGAGUCAAUCGGGAUGUUCGCCUUUCCCUUGCCCUAACCCUGCGACUGAAUGGCGGGAUCGAGAUGGAUGCCAUCCCAAUCCGGGUUGUACGCCUCCGGCGGUGCAUAAUGGGUACGGAAGCUGUGUGAUCUAUAACACACCGGUGACUGUUAUAGAGCCGACGAAUCCUAAGGUGAGAAGUAGUACGACGACGACGACGACGACGCCUGUAGGGCCGGAGACGCCGGAGCCACCCGCGCCAACGCCAUUCGACUGA